GCGGACGGUUGCGCUACUGGCCGGAGAGGGGGCGGCCCAUUGACUGGCCGCGCGCCGACGCCUCUCGUGGGGCCGACGGGAGGGCCGCGUGCCGCCGGCUGGGGGCGGAUUGCCCGGCGGCUGGAAGCCAAGGCGGGCGGGGGGACUGCACGGGAUUCUCCCGGCAGCCGCCGCGAGGCCCUCCUUCCCGACUGCGGUGAUGUGGCGCUGCCAGGAAGUCAGGGACAGAGUUCAAAACAUAGAGAAGCUUCUCUAGUGUCAUCGUCAGAGGAGCGGACAAAAUGAGACGUGCAGGUUUGGGGGAAGGAUACACUGGAAGUGGUUACAGUGUUCAUGAAGAAGAAAAUGAUAAAUUAACUGAGGGCCUACGAGAAAAAGUGUCUGCUUUAAAAUCACUUUCCAUUGAUAUUGGAACUGAAGUGAAGUACCACAAUAAACUGCUGGAUGAUAUGGAUGCAGGAUUUGAAUCUACAGGUGGACUGUUGGGUGCCACGAUGGGUAGACUCAAGCAUCUGUCUCGUGGGAGCCAAACAAAAGUUUUAUGCUACAUGAUGCUUUUUGCAUUUUUUGUUUUCUUUGUACUUUAUUGGAUUAUUAAACUGAGGUGAAAUAAACUUGUAUCUGGUUCUAACUUA